AUGCGAGAGUACAAGGCGGCAAUGAAAGCUCUUCGCCAUGUUGCAUCUCGCUUCAAGCACGGUGAUUAUAACUCAAUUGCAUCGCAACAACAAGAUCACUCGCGUACUUCAAAUUCGAGUGGAUUAUCUGACGGAUUAUCUGACGGAGAGGUCCUCAACGAGUUGCAAGUAGAAGGUGGAGCCUACGUUGAUCAAGGUCCGACCGAAACACACGGUGCGGCUAGCCCUCUGUCCUCUAGCGUACAAACUACGCAGUUGGGUGUCCAGUUGGGCACCGAUCCGGCUGAGUUGGGCACCGAUCCGGCUGAGUUGGGCACCACGUCGGUCGGGUUGGAAACGGAUUCUACCCAGAUGGGCUCGGAAAAUACCCAGUUGGGCUCUGAGAAUGAUUUGGGCGCUAGUACGACACUGUUGGGCACAAAUACGACUCCUAAUGACGAACAGGCAAGAUCUGUCGACUUAGGCAAUUCCAGCGAUUUGUUCGAGAUUGUUAGCCCACCCAAAGCCAGAGGACGACCGAAACAAAAGCCAAAAGCAGUCAAAGCAAAAAGGAACCUCGCUAUUACAAUGGUCCAAGAGGACCUGGACAUGCACGAAAACCAACUCAACCUUGUGUCAGUGUAUGAAAUACUUGAGGAUGCGCCAACCUUCACUUCUUCUCACGUGAGGCUGCUCCAGUUUAAGCUCUUCAGGUUUUUAUCGAAGGUGAAGCCCCCGAUUGCUCACGAGAUUUCAAAGUUACCUGCAACCAAACCUUUGAUAAGACCAGAUGAAAUUUGCAGGAUUUUUCCUAUGGAGUUGAUUAAGAAGUGUAUGGCGAAGGUCACAGCAUACCAGAGGAAACAUCCGCGUGUCCAAGAAUUGGACAUUGCUUUCGAGAUUGUUGGAAUUGGAGUAUUUGCGAACUCAACGGUGGCCCUCAUGAAACGAUGGCAUACCGCUCGUGAAAUCUUGAAAAAGGUUGAAAGGACACUGAUGUGGAUAAAUCAGUUAGAUUUCUCGCGCCUAGCAAACAAUGCUUCGUUUAAUGCAACUGCCGACCCAAAUCUACCUGAAAAAUUGAAGAACAUACCAAUUUUUUCUUCCCGGAAUCAACUGCUGGAUUUGGCUGCCAAAGAAUGCCUUACUGAAGACACAUUGCAUCUGGUUUUGUCGAAGAAAUUUGGCGGUGACCCGAACGUAGUCGUAUUCAAUGCUGCAACUCUCGGAGCUGUCGUGAACGGAAAAAUUGAGACGGAUAAGGAAGUAAUUCGCAACGCACUGUCUGGGCUUUCGAAGGAGACGAUUCUCUUUCCCAUGAACUGCAACGGAAACCACUGGUGUUCCGUGAUGAUGGAUCUCAACAAGGGCAAAGUGCUAGUGUACGAUUCCAGUUCGUCUUCCUACUUGUGUAGCGUUCGCGCCGUGGCGCAGACGCUGAUAACGCUGCUGCCAGAGAGAGCACAGCCGAGCGUACGUGUCGGCACUUACGAGUCGGGUUUAGGAGUCCAAGUCGAUAGCUAUAACUGCGGCGUCUACGUACUUCUAGCAUUCGAGAUUUUCUGUGGUGCCGAGCCACUCGGACAUGUGGAUAAGAAGACACUGCAGUGCCUUCGUUAUCGCUAUCUCCGUAUGUGCAUGGAAACUUAA